AUGAUGAAAUCUGUGGUGCUUGUCACCCUGGGGCUCACUUUGCUGUUAGGAACCCACGCCGUGCCUUCAAGUCGCCUUUCUUGCUACAGAAAGAUGCUGAAAGAUCGCAACUGUCACAACCUUCCAGAGGGCAGGUCGGACCUGAGGCCGAUCGACACAAACGUCCAGCAUCAUUUCUGGGACGGGAAGGGAUGUGAGAUGAUCUGUUACUGCAAUUUCAGUGAACUGCUCUGCUGCCCAAAAGAUGUCUUCUUUGGACCGAAGAUCUCCUUUGUGAUCCCCUGCAACAAUCCCUGA